AUUAUAUUUAACUUCUACAAAUUUGGGGCUAUUUACCGAGCACAAAUGUACAAAUGCACCUUUAUCUCAGUCAAUUAUUACUGUAUCCUUCAUUUUGACAUUGGCGGGGAAGACAAGUGAAGGUCUGAGAUUCAGUCAAGGCCCAGGGAAGAAGGCUAUGAGUAGUGUGCUGUCUUAUCUCACCAUCGGCGUCGAGUCGUCACCGCCGGUGAACUGGUGGGACAAGAUAAACGAAUCAGUUAAAUGGCAAGACGGAAUCUUUUAUUCACUCUGUGGUGCCUACGCUCUCGUCUCUGCCGUUGCCCUUAUUCAAUUGAUAAGAAUUGAACUGAGAGUGCCUGAAUUUGGCUGGACAACACAAAAGGUCUUUCAUAUCAUGAAUUUCAUUGUAAAUGGAGUUCGUGCUAUUAUCUUUGGGUUUCACAAACAAGCCUUUCUUUUCCACCCGAAGGUGCUAACUUUGGCACUUUUGGACCUCCCUGGGUUGCUCUUCUUCUCAACAUAUACACUUCUUGUCUUAUUCUGGGCAGAAAUAUAUCACCAGGCCAGAUGUUUGCCAACUGAUAAACUCAGAGUCCUAUAUAUAUCAAUUAAUGUUGUAAUAUACAUCAUACAAGGUGGUAUAUGGUUGUACCUCUGGAUCAAUGAGAAUCAGACUGUGGAGUUUUUUGGAAAGAUAUUUAUAGCAGUUGUUUCACUCAUAGCAGCUUUGGGAUUCUUGUUCUAUGGUGGAAGGCUAUUUGUCAUGCUGAGACGCUUUCCUAUUGAGUCUAAAGGAAGAAGAAAGAAGCUUCAUGAGGUUGGAUCGGUAACAGCCAUAUGUUUCACGUGUUUUGUCAUAAGAUGUUUUGUGGUUGUAUUGUCUGCUUUUGAUUCUGAUGCAUCACUCGAUGUAUUGGACCAUCCAGUGACGAAUUUCAUAUAUUAUGUGCUAGUGGAGAUUCUUCCUUCCGCUCUUGUUCUUUACAUACUGCGCAAACUGCCCCCCAAAAGAGCAUCUGCACAAUAUAACCUCAUACGUUAGCUGCACUAAGAGUGAAUUUGGUUGGAGGAUUUGAGAAGGAAGGUUUGAUUCUUGUCGUAAUAGUUUUUUCUCUUAUCUGUCGGUCCUAGACUAGUAAAUAAAUAACUAUUUGCUUUUUGUUAAAUCAUGUAAUUCUAUAUAAAAUUUCAUCUUCUCUUUAUUGUCAACCAUCUAAAUGUAAAAAUAAACUAUUAAAAUAUAAUCACCAUUCCCUCUGGCAUCCCCCAACCAAACAAGUUUUUAUUGUCCUCGGGGGAGCAAUGCUUGUUUUCCCAAGUAGACCAGAAAAAAAACCCUGGAGAAAAUAGGGGCAUGUGCUUUUAGUAUUAGCCUAGAACCAGCUUGUGCCUAUUGGGUACUUGUAAUGUUGGCACAAUUGUUUGUACUUGUACAUUCUGGACAAGCAAGUAUGAUGUUACAAUGACUAGCUUCUCAUUGCAUGGUCUAUGGGCAUCUGAUGUGAGAUUGAACUAUGACUCAUCCUGGAGGACCCCUACAAAUAACAAAUAUGAACAUGAAGCUCUUGAUAUUUCACCUUUGCAAAAAGCUUUGAUUUUCUGGGAUCCUUUUUCGUCCACCAUUGGUUGAUCAGAUUUGGUAAGAAUUGAGGGAUUGAGCUCUUUUGGGUUAUGCUAUUUAUACAUGAUUGUUGUCCUUCAUUUUAUAGUUGUACUGUUGUACACAUAAUUGAUGUACAAGUUUUUCAGGAUUCGUCUUUGGUAUAUGUGCACAUACAUAACUUUUUUAUGUUCGUGUUUGUGUGAAUAUAAAAAGUGAUAUUGAC